AUGCCAAAGAAGUUCAUCGUCCCUUCAAUGAAGAUGUACGACGGGACGACCGACCCUGAUAAUCAUAUAGCCCAGUACAAGCAACGCAUGUUCACAACGGCAAUAGCAAAAGAAUAUCGCGAAGCUAGUAUGUGUAAAGGAUUUGGAUCUAGCCUCACGGGACCAGCUCUUCAGUGGUUUACGAACCUACCGAACGCGUCAAUCGACUCGUUCGCGUCAUUGACAGACCGCUUUGUUGAGCAAUUCGCGAGCAGCAGGAACAUAGAAAGGACAGCCGACGAUCUCUAUGAAGUGAUACAGAAGAGAGGAGAACCGUUGCGCGAUUACGUAGGUCGCUUCAACAAAGAGAAAGUAUCCAUUCCGGCAUGUGUCACGUCCACUGCCAUCUCUGCAUUCAAAAGAGGAUUGCUCCCAGACAGUGAUUUGUACAAGGAACUGACGAAGUACCAGUGCAGAACGAUGGAAGAUGUGCUAUCUAGAGCAUGGGCUCAAAUAAGGUGGGAGGAAGACCCUGCAUAUCGACACCUACUUUCCCCACGAUCUGAUUCGCGCGUUGUUAGGAACGAGCGUCCCUCUCGAGAUGACAGACCGUACCAGAGACCACGCAGUGAAAGCACUAGCAAGAGAAGCGAAAGAAGCGACCAUCGACCACUCAACCAAAUUGAGAGCGACCAACGCUCAUCAUCCACAUGGCCAGACAUGAGUAACCUCGCAAUAUCUCCUGCAGAACUAGUCAAUGUUCUUAAUCAUAUAUCUGGAGUAAGAUGGCCUCAAAAGAUGAAGCACCAGGGGAACGAAGAGACACAUCAAAGUGGUCACUUGAGAGAAUACUUGUCCGACAGGGCUAGGAGUCGCAUCGACGACAGAAGCAAUGACGAGGUGCAAAGAAAACCAUCUCCUGCUCAAUCUCCGAAGCAUGAUCGAAUCAUCAACGUGAUAUCGGGAGGAUCAGAUGAAGAUAAGUGUGUCCUAGCUCCACAUCAUGAUGCAUUAGUCAUAUCUUUGACAAUCGCUAAUAGUCUGAUGAAAAGGACACUCGUUGAUAAUGGGAGUUCGACCAACAUUCUCUUCAUGGAUGCUUACAAAGGAUUAGGGCUGGAUGAGAAUGCACUGACGCGAAAAUCCACACCACUGGUAGGAUUUAGCGGUGAAGUAAAGCAGACCAUAGGAGAAGUGACGCUGCCUGUGUAUGCAGGAGGAAUUAACCGACAGACAAAGUUUCUGAUACUAGAUUGUGCUACUGCGUACAACGCAAUUAUGGGACGUCCCUGGAUUCAUGACAUGGGGGCAGUGCCAUCGACACUCCAUCAAACCAUAAAAUUUCCUACUCCAUGGGGAGUCAAAGAGAUCAAGGGAGAACAAGAGCAUGCACGUUCAUGCUACCAAACUACCCUAAAAGGGAAAGGUCAUGAGCUAUAUCAACUAGAGAUCCAAUCGUCGAUUCCACAUACCAAAGAAGCAGAGGUGGAACAACUCUGUGAGAUCCACUGA